CUCCUCCUCCUCGCCGGCUCGCUGGUGAUGCUCUGGUUCGUGAUCCUGUCCGGCCUGACGCGCGCCAGCCCGCUGCGGCAGACCUACUUCCUGCGCGCCGACACGGCGGGCAUCGACGGCGCCCGCCCCGUCUCGCAGUGGACCUACUUCCGCAUCUGCAGCGCCGGCAACGACGGCUGCGGGCCCGCGCGCCCCGCGCUGCCGCUCGGCGACGCCUGGGCGCCCGGCGGCGCCGGAGGCGCCCCGCCCGAGCUCGUCGGCGCGUACGGCGGCGGCACCACCAGCUUCUACUACUGGUACAUGUGGCGGUUUGGAUGGGUGUUCUUCCUGCUGGCGCUGCUCGCCGAGGUGCUGGCGCUCGGGGCCGGGGUGGUCGCGCUGUGCAGCCGCCUGGGCGCCGCGCUGGCGGGGCUGCUGGCUGCGGCUGCACUGGUGUUCUUCACCGUCGCUGUGUCGUUGAUGACCGCCACAUUCGUCAAGAUGCGCAACGUCUUCCUCGCCCACGGCCGCGCCGCCUCGCUCGGCCGCUACGCCUUCGGCUUCAGCUGGGGCGCCUGGGCCGCGCUGCUCGCCAGCGCCGUCCUCUUCUUCCUGUCCUGGCGCAGGCGCCGCAGGGACGCCGCUGCGGCGGCGAAGAUGGCGGCCCCCGGCCCGGCAGGGUCCCUGCGCCGGGACUGGCGCCAGUGGCGGAGGCGCCAGUGGCGGAGGGCCUUCUCCUACGACCGUCGCCGGGUCAAGGAUGAAUACCAGUGA